AUGUACGACCCAGCAAGGGAUACUUGGCAGGAAUCGCCUCCGCGGCCGAGCUCGUUACCCAAAAAGCCCAAUUUAGAUGCUGAAGAGGAGAAGGCUGUGGACAGCAAAAACGGAUCGAAGAACGAGUCAAAGUCUGGAACGCCAGUAAGCUCUAGAGCCCCUUCUGAGGUCCCAUCGAUUAGAGACUCUUCAGCAGAUGGUAGUUUUUCUCGAAAGCAGGAAAAUGGCGGGGAGACAGACAAGUAUGCGGUCAGGCAACACUAUAACUCACGGCCCAACAACAGCACCCAGGAGCGCAAAAAGUCAACCAUCUUCGGGGUGCGUUCGUUCAAUAACUUUGUAAAAUCGCUCCUGAUUGACAUGUAUUCGCGUCCUCAUGAUGUUGCGCUGGAUCUGGGCUGUGGGAAAGGCGGUGACCUUCUCAAAUGGCUUAAAGCAGGCAUUGAUGGUCUCAUUGGAGUCGACAUUGCUGAUAUCUCAAUUGAGCACGCCAAAGACCGAUUCGCUCAUAUGCGGUCCAAGUGUUUUUGGGUUGACUUCUGUGUAGGUGACCCUUUCUUGGACCGUUUGGAAGACAUUGUGCAUCCUGACGCUUUCCCUGUCGACGUCGUCAGCUGUCAAUUCGCCUUCCACUAUGCAUUUGAAACCGAAGAACGAUUGAGAAACGCCCUGGCUAAUAUUUCCCGGGUUUUAAAGCGUGGGGGUAAGUUUAUUGGCACCAUUCCUGAUUCUGAGCAGCUGGUCCGAAACCUUAAAUUGGGCAAAAAGCAAUGGGGGAACUCCAUCUACAGGAUCUCUUUCGAAGAGGCCAAUCCUACGGGAACUUUUGAAACCCUUUGGGGAAACAGAUAUAUGUUUCAUCUAACUGAAGCCGUCGAAGACGUACCAGAGUACGUUGUGCCUUUUGAGGGCUUUGUGAAGCUUGCCCAGGAGUAUAACUUGAAACUAGAGCGACACCAAACAUUCAUGAAGUUUUUCCACCAAGCAGUUCGUGACCGUGAUGUCAAAAAGGUCGCUGAGGAUUCCAAGAUUUUGAACCGGGACGGAACGUUCGCAAUUGGUGAGGAGCAGCUAGAGGCCUGCGCUGUGUAUGCUGUUUUCGCUUUUGAAAAGGUCUGA